CUCACCACGUGUGUUGCGAUCAGAUGUUUCGCGAGGUGUUUUUUUUGCGUUGUAGCAGGUGUCAUUAACAAUAAUCACUGAACUUUCGUGUCGCACACGUCGCGCAGGAUGUUGGAAUCGACUGUCCAAGUCCUGGCAAGCGGUAGGACGAUCUUGGCCAGCGGUUCCCCGAGACGGCAAGACAUAAUGAGACACUUGCGCAUAAACGCAGAAGUGGUGCCGUCCCUCUAUGAUGAAAAGCUUGACAGGUCCAAGUAUAAAGGACAUGGGGAAUAUGUUCAGGACAUAGCCAAGUACAAGGUACACGAAGUGUAUGAGCGCCUAAAAGGGGAUCUGGUGCCACCGUCUCUGAUAAUAGGAGGAGACACCAUGGUGACAAUGGGCGACGUCAUUUAUGGAAAGCCUCGUAGCGAAGUGGAAGCUUUUCAGAUGUUGUCCAGCUUAGCGAAUAAACAACACAUUGUCUACACUGGCGUGUGUCUGAAAACACCAAAGAGCGAACUCCAGUUUUAUGAGGCUGCCAAAGUAAAGUUUGGAGAUAUAUCGGAGAAACAAAUCAGAGAGUAUAUUAAAACUGGUGAGCCUAUGGAUAAAGCAGGAGGCUACGGUCUUCAGGGUAUAGGGGGUUGCCUGAUCGAAAAAAUAGAUGGUGAUUAUUACACCAUAACGGGCCUGCCGCUGUAUUCGUUGGCCAAGCAACUGAACCAAAUGUUCUCCAACGUGUAGUUAGUUGAAUAUCGCGCUGUGCCCAUCAGUACCUGAACUAUUGUACCGUCGUCUCUACGUGAAUAAAUUUUAUUACGCUAAAAGCCUCAUAAAUUUAUGAAUUUCCCUAUUUGUGUAUUUAAUAGUCCGAACGU